AUGCCACCCAAUGGCAUCAACACCACCUUCUGUGGAAACUGCUAUCGGGGCCUUUGCUCAGCAGGACAAGGGAGCGGCGUGGGAUCUCCAUGGAACAACUACCUCCUGGACGAGGUAGUGAGGAGCCGCCCGUUUGAUCGCCUCGCCAGCCAGUUUUCCUUCGUGAAGAACUGGUCCAUGGGUGCCUACAUCACGACUCCUUUGUCGGUGACGUCGCCGUUUGUCAUCGGCCAGCCCGAUGGACAGAAGCAGUUUGCAGUGGAGCUGGUGCGGCAAUGGUACGAGAAUACCUUCGGCUUCAGCAUUGAGAAGCAGCAAGUCUAUUUCUUCGAUGACCGCAUGGACAACAUCCCUCCGUUUAAGGAGCAGGACCUUGCGGCCAAGCAGAUUUCCUGCCACUCUCGCGACCUGUCGUACGCGAAUGGCACGAUUGGACUUUGCGGGGCCUUACCGGAGCAGAUCGUGCAGCCGGGGACGGAGAGCAACCCGCUGUGCGCGGAUCUCCGAACCCCUGAAGAGCCCAUCACGGGAGCUGCGAGCCCGUGGCCCUCAUCGUUGAUAUCCGCCAUUGAGCGGGCAUGA